GGCAGUGAGCAAACAGUAACACACAUAGAAAAUCACAUUGUGGUGGAACACUUUGCAGAUCAUGAUGGAGAAUAUACAGCGAGAUAGACACAAAAUGAUGGCAUGGGUACUGAUGUUCUACCUGCGCUCACAGGUGUGCUGUCAGCAGUGUGGUGGUCCAUGCCAGUGCCAAGACUCUGUACCAGUGUGCCCAGAGGGAGUUCCUCUCAUCCUCGAUGGGUGCCAGUGCUGCCAGGUGUGUGCCCGCCAGCCGGGCGAGGCAUGCAGUGAGAUGUUGCUGUGUGACACUCAGCAUGACCUCCAAUGUGACUACAGUGCCAGCUUCCCUGGUGAUCAAGGGAAGUGUGUCAGUCAGAAGGAACUGGGCUGUGAGUUUAAAGGAGUCUCUUACCAGGAAGGCCAAGUAUUUCAGCCAUCCUGUGUUAUUCAAUGUCGCUGUUCGGGUGGAGGGGUGACCUGUGUGCCUCUGUGCAAGGAGGAUGUUCUCCUGCCCACCCCUGACUGCCCUCACCCUCGGCGGGUUCUGCCACCCGGAAAGUGCUGUAAGGAGUGGGUGUGUGAAAAUAUGGACAACACUGUGCUUCAGGAUGCUCAAAUAGAUUCGAGAACAGACCAAUCACUGCUUUUUCAACUUGGACACCAAACCAGGCCCAACUGCAUAAAUCAAAGCUCAGAGUGGAGUGCUUGCUCACAAACCUGUGGGUCUGGGAUAUCCAAACGGGUGUCCAAUCAAAAUCCAGCCUGUCGCCUUGAGAUGCAGAUACGCAUGUGUAUGGUCCGACCCUGCCACCUUUUUCCAAUCAGAACCCCACAGUGGUCAAGGAGGAAAUGCCAACCCAGCUACAGGUCAGCAAACCCAGUGCGUCUUUUUCACCAGGGCUGCAAGAGUACCCAGUUGUACAGACCCCGUUAUUGUGGCCUAUGUACAGACAAACGUUGUUGCACUCCUUACCACACUGGCACAGCACUGGUCACUUUCCGUUGCCCUGGAGGGAGACUGCUCAAUGAAGCUGUCAUGACCAUCAACUCCUGCAUCUGUCAUUACAACUGCCCCUAUUCAUCUGCAGGGGCAUAUAGAGGAACAGCCUUCUGGGGUUAGAAAGUCCCAUCUUGUCUAGUGAUUGAGCCUUGUGUCCUAAUCUUGGAUUUAAUAGCUUCAUAUUGUAUGCUCUGGGCUUACAUCUUAACUUAUUGAAUGAUAUCAACAUUUUAGUUCAAAUUCACAAGAAUUUGACUAACGAAGGUUUCAAUCCACUCACCAAACAAUUUCUCUUCAGCACAGAGCUCUAGUAGAAUUAGGCCAUUUGAGAUUUUACAGCAUGGAUGCAAGGGUAACUUCCUUCCUGACAGACUGGACUGGUCAAUUCUAAUAUUUUUUGGAGCAGAUUAAAGGAUUGUUCCCCCCAGAAUUUAAAUUCUCUCAUCAUUUAAACAUCGUCAUGACAUCCUAGAUGUGUAUGAAUUUAUUUCUUCUGCUGAACACAAACAAGGAUUUUUAGAAUAAUAUCUCUAUUCCAUUCAAUGCAAAUGAAUUGUGGCCAAAACUUUGAAUGUACAAAAAGCCCAUAAAGACAGCACAAAAGUAAUCCAUAAGAUUCCAGUGGUUAAAUCUAUAUCUUUAGAAACGAUAGGUGUGGAUGAGAAACAGAUCAACAUUUUUAUGUCCUUUUUUUACUAUAAAAUUCCCUGCGUAGUAAGUGGUGAUUUGCGAAUAACGCUGUAACAUAGACUCUGAGUGGGAUCCAUGUGUGGUUUAUUAGAAAGAUAAUCUCAAGUAAUACAGGCGUAGAUCAAUAACCAGGCAAACAGUGAUAUCAAUGACAAGGCAGAAUCUUAGUCAGACAGGCAAAGGUUCAGGGCAGGCAGCAGAAAGCAAUGGUAAAGAUCCAGGCACAAACAAAACAAAGACAGGCUGCAAUCAGAUGUAAUCUGAGGUACAAGGCAGGGUCAAAAAACAGAUGAUCAAUACAAGGAGAUAAUAACACUCAGAAAUUUAGCCAGGGCAAACAAGACUUUGCAAUAAGUUGAACUAACAAACAGGGCUUAAAUAGUGUAAUGAUAAUUAGGAACAGCUGUGACUGAAUCAGACCGGGUAUGUGGGCAUAUGGGAAAUGUAGCCUCAAGUCAAUAUUCUGGAGAGAUAGAUCUCCGGUGGCCGAUUGAGGAGCCUUCACCGGCGUUCGUGACAAACGUGAAUCACCAAAAACAAAACAAGAAUGUUAAAGUGUAAAUAAAAGUGGAGAUUUAUAGUUUAAAAUUGAAUAAAUAUUGAAUUUCUCACCCACACCUAUCAUAUCGCUUCUGAAGAUAUGGAUUUAACCACUGGAAUCAUAUGGAUUUUGUUUCUGCUGCCUUUUAUAUGCUUUUUGGUCUUUCAUAGUUCUGUCCAACUUCACUUGCAAAAAUCUUUGUUUUCAGCAGAAGAAAAAAGUUAUACACAUAUGGGAUAGCAUGAGGAUGAAUAAAUGAUGAGAUUUUAAAUUUUUGGGUGAACUAUUCCUUUAAAUAGUUUUCCACGAGAACUGCAAGAAAUUUUACAUUUAUGUUGGAAUUUUCCAUAUUCAUUAAGUUUACACAAUGGCAGCUGUUUUUUUCUUGGAGUCCAAGAAUACAUGACUUUAACAUAAAUAGUAAAUAUUUUUCAAAAUGUGUGGGUAUAUCAAUCAAUCCUUUAACAGUUUUGUGUUUUGCUAUGGACCGUUUUCACAUUCCAUGUUUUAAAUGCGGAAGUAAAUUUCUAUAGAAGUGAAUGAGAGACCACAGCAAAUAUUAUUUUUUGUGUUCCCAUUUGCCAGAACAGCAAAAUCAAAAAAAUCCACCAUUAACUUUUCACACAGCUGUGUUUGAAACACCAUCAGAGUAGUGAAAUUUUUUUUUAAUAUCUAGGGUAAUGUAACAGAUAAUGUUAAAAAACAAAUAAUUAAAAAGUGUCAUCACAGUCUGUGAAAAUGUCUACAACUUACAUGAGGUAACAUUUUUUGAUGAGCCUUACCAAAAGAGUGCACGUGAACAUCCUUUCAAGUGAAGACAUUCUAAAGAGCUGUAACUACAUGACAAGAAACAUUGGUAAAGUGCUAUUUAUCCCCUGAAUUUGGCAGGCUCUAGCUGUAGUGUUUAGUAAUGCAUAAAAAAAGAAAGAAAAAAGAUUCACUGUACAUAUUUGUAAAUACUUUUCAUAUAUAUAUAUAUACAUAUGUUUAUAUCAUGUAUCUUUAAAACUGGACUUAGAAACUAGACUUUGGGAUUUUGUGUUAAUAGGAACGUUUUAAGUUGUCAUUUUUUUUGUCAUUUACCUCACCCCCAACCCCAACCCCAACCCCAACCCCCCAGUGAUCGCACAAUAGCAUAACACCCUAAGAAAACUGCAGAAGUGUAAGGGUGCCCUCACUUGUUUAUUUGAGGAAGGGCAGGCAAAGAUUUUAUGCUGUUAUUUAAUGAAUUUUUGCAAUACAAAUGGGCUUUUGUAGAGAAAUGGGAGAAAAAUGUAAAACAGAAAGAAAGAGGAUAUUGACUGUUUUAAUAAAAAUGAGACUGAUAUUUGAAAUCAAAUUCUCAGACCAAAUUGAAACUGAUUAUCUCCAUCAUACUGUAAAAUACAGUUUUUCUAUAAUCUAUAGAGACUGGCAUAAAUUCAAGGUGCAUAGUCCCAAGUUUUCUUUUGACAACCUUUACUACACUUCUGUUGUGCAUUUUCUGACGUCAGUCACUGUGCUCAUAUUACCUGAGAUUUUCAUAUACAAGAACUUGUUGCAUCACCGACCUCCACCCAAGAAAUGUUUGAAAGUCUGUUGCUGUGUGAUGAUGGUCUACAAUAUGAAAAAUUGAGUGGAGCAAUAGCUAUAAAUCAGUCAAAUUUGACUUUAUGUAAAAAAAAAGUUACCCACAGUAUAUGUGGCUGUAUUCACUCAUGGAAUUCUUGGCAACUGUUUGGGGCUGAAAUCUGUGCAUGAUAACUGGAGAAAAAUGUAAUGUAAUGUUAAUGGGUCCUCAACCUAUGCC